UAGAGAGGCAACAAAAAGUUAACAAGAUUUUGCAAUGUGCAAUGCAUCAACCAGCUAAUCCUCGUCCACGCCUUUCACGGCUUCUCCCAGUUCAGAUUCUUCUAGCAGAAAUAGCAAUGGUGGAAGAAGAGAUAAGUUGCUUAGAGAGAAAAGUUGACGAGUUAAGCUUAUGUAUGCAUCAAGAGAAGAAACAAAUCCAAGAAUGGAAAUUAAAUCAAAAGCAUAGGUACCGUAAAUGCAACCAAGGGAGACAAAAUGGACUAGUCGAUUUCAAAAGUCGAAAAAAGCCGAGAGAGAGAAGAGCUUCACUUGGUUCUGCUUCAGAUAUCAAGUCUUUAUCGUCACCAAGAAGUUCUUUGUGUAAUGAGGUAAACAAUGAGAAGCCUAACCGGAUCUCUGAAGAACUGAUCAAAUGCUUGAUAAGAAUCUUCCUUAGAAUGAACCGUCCAUUUACUGAGGAGCCCGACUGCCAAGAAUCAGCUAUUUUACCGAAGCGUGUUGUCUCCUGCAUGAGUACUAAAGGACUUGUAUCUAAGACCUCGUUCAGCUGUAAACCACCCAUGUUUCCUCUCGACGAUAGGAGAUCAAUGCUUGAUCCUUAUGGUGUAUUGCCUGAUUUUGAUCGCACUUCCAGAGAUGUUGGUCCAUAUAAGACCUUCAUCCAAAUCACGCGAACCUCGUUCAGUAUGAACCAUGUCUCAGAGUGCUAUCAAGAAAUAACAAAUUUAAGGGUUUUGGUUCAUAAACUUUCUACUGUGGACUUAAGUUUCUUGACGGAUAAGCAGAAGUUAGCGUUCUGGAUCAAUAUAUAUAACGCCUGUAUAAUGCAUGCAUUUCUCCAACAUGGGCUACCUUCAACGGCAGCAGACAAAUUUCUAUCUCUAAUGAACAAGGCUGCAUUGAAUGUGGGUGGGAUAGUUUUAAAUGCUCUUGCCAUAGAGCAUUUUAUUCUGAGGCAUCCUACUGAAUCCCAUCAUAAUGGUGAUACAAAUGAAAACGAGGCGAGGCUGCGUCAAACAUAUGGUCUUAGGUAUCCCGAACCUGAUGUCACAUUCGCCCUUUGUCGAGGCAGUUGGUCUUCACCAGCAGUAAGUGAAACAAAUCUCUACUGAUGUCAAUAGUAUGCAAUCAUCUCUCUGCAGCUGGUUUAGCAUUUGACGUGUACAAUUAUCUAUCUGCAGCUGAGAAUUUAUACAGAAGAUGUAGUGAAUGAACUAGGAAGAGCAAAAACAGAGUAUUUGCAAGCUUCUAUCGGAGUUACAAGCAGAAAAAGAAUUAUUGUGCCCAAGCUUCUUCACUGGUACAUGCAAGAUUUUGC